AAAAAUUGACUCAAUAUUUUUUGUGCCCUAAAAGUUCAUCUGGACAUGAUUUAGGCUUCAGUUGGCGUAUUUUGUCAUUUUUUUAGCAGCAAAGGCGCAGAUGGGACCAAAGAGACGAGAUUGACCGCCUGGUUUUAUUCGUUUGACAAACGUUAAAUGCAAAGCUUUUAGUCUCUGGCUGGAGUUUGGAUGAAACCGUUGUGCAAAAUACCCCUAAAACAGUAAGGACUGCUAUCACAAAGCUCGAUGUGGCCGGGACUGUUGACAGGUAGUGUAUGAACAACAGCUGUCAAACUCAUGGGAUCCUCCUGCCCCCCGGCCGAGUGGGAGCCCUGCGAGCGCUCCACUGCGCAUGCGUGAGCGCUGGACAGCUCCAGAGAGGGAAAUUUAAAAACGGUUUUUUGGGAGAAUCAAGUCCAGCACAGCGGAAUACAGUACAGGGACUCGCGGCCUGCUCUCUCAUUCGUCUAUAUCAACCAAAAACAGAUAGGAUACCACAUAUCCCAGGAAAUGAUAGAGGGUGGAAUAACAUCAGGGAUGUCAGGAAUAAUUGAGAAUGCCGGACAUCAUCUGUCUCCGCAGAACUACAGGCUCCUGACCACAGACCCCUCCCAGCUUAGGGUGGAGGACCUCCCUGGGGACCUGCAGUCUCUGUCAUGGCUCACCUCUGUGGAUGUUCCCCGGCUGCAGCAGAUGGCUGAUAGCAGAGGCCACAGCAACGGGCCCUCCCAGGGCAGCUUGCUGGAGCAACAGACAGCUCAGCUGAACAACAUGACGAUGCCAGUGAGUCAGGGCUCCAUGAUGCACCUCCAGAGUAACAUGCAGCACAGCCCUCUGGGGAUCAGCAUCAUCAACACCCACAGUGGAAGUAUGUCUCCAUUCUCCAUGAAUGGGCUGCCCUCUCCUGGGUAUCAGUGUCCUACCUCAGUUUAUCAGUCCACCCCCCAGCAGGUGUACUCCCUAACCCAAACGGGACAACAGUGCUCGGCGGGUGGGAUUUAUAGCAACGUCUCUUUCAACAACCAAAGUUUAUUCACACAACAUCGCCUGGCUCCCCAAGAGCAGGAACUACAGCCCAAGUCUUUCCCCAAGCCAAUCUACUCCUACAGCUGUUUAAUUGCCAUGGCUCUGAAGAACAGCAAAACUGGCAGCCUCCCUGUCAGUGAGAUCUAUAGCUUUAUGAAGGAACACUUUCCUUAUUUCAAGACUGCACCUGACGGAUGGAAGAAUUCUGUCAGACACAACCUUUCCUUAAACAAAUGCUUUGAGAAGGUAGAAAACAAGACGAGUAACUCGUCCCGUAAGGGCUGUUUAUGGGCACUGAACCCGGCUAAAAUUGACAAGAUGGAGGAAGAAAUGCAGAAGUGGAAGCGCAAAGACCUCCCGGCCAUUCGCCGCAGCAUGGCCAACCCUGAUGAGUUGGACAAACUGAUAACGGACCGCCCCGAGAGCUGCCGGCGAAAGGCUCUGGAGGCAGGCAUGACCAGGCUGGCCGGCUGUCCGACCGGCCUGCAGCUGCCGGUGCCGGCACACAUGCAGCCUCAGCCCAUCGUCACGCUGUCCCUGCCGUGCCUGCCCAUGCACCAACACCACCAGCUUCAAGCUCAGCUGCAGGCUCAGGCCCGACUGGCUCCGAUGUCCCCCGCCCCGGCCCAGACCCCCCCCCUCCACACCGUACCUGAUCUGUCCCACAGCCAGCUCACCCAGCAGCCCGGCAAGGCUCCUGAGGAUUUUUACAGCAUGCAUGGAGACACACACUCAGAGGUGGACGCACUGGACCCUAGCAUCAUGGACUUCGCCCUUCAAGGUAAUCUGUGGGAAGAAAUGAAGGAUGACAGCUUUAACUUGGAUGCUUUGGGCACCUUCAGUAACUCACCUCUCCGACUAUCAGACUGUGACUUGGGAACGGCCAGUCUCCCUCCCGCCUCCAGCGGAGCAAACCUGCCACUCUCUGACGUGCAAGUGACGGGGCUGUACACCUCCUAUACGUCCCAGGAACCCAUAUCAUCUCAGUACAUGGGCACCACAACCAACAGCAAGCCCAUCGCCCUGCUUUAAGGAAGCCCAAGUGCUUCCUGACAGAUGUGAUGUGAUUUACUUGGCUGCUUGAGGAUGCCAGCUGAUGACAUUGGAGGUCUGGUUCGUUUUGUGCUUCACAAAUAUUUGGAAACGCGAGGAACCACUUGAAGGAGAGUAACUGAGAACCAUUGCAGAGCACAGGAAACCUAAGCUGUUCAUAAAUGAAAAGAUGAUUGUAAGAAAAACAUUGUAAGACUUACAAAAUCCGAAAGACCGAAAGACUUUUUCCACUACAAAGACUUUGUGAAGAAUUUCGUGUAAGUUAACACUCACCUGUUCUUUUACUGAUCACUUCUCAUUUUAAAGCCUUUCCAUAAUGUAGCUCACAAUCCCGUCUGUUGUAUUGUGUUAGUUAUUAUUGUUGUGAUGUUUUAUUUAUAUUUAUAAAAGGCAGCUGGAGAAAGUGAUGACUCCAUCAAUCUUUGCUGUGUAUAUUUGAAUGUCUGAAAUUGCUAUUGCCUCAGAAAAGCUUUCUUUUGACAGCAUUUAACCACAUCAUUCCAAAAUGUGCGCCCACACUUCCAGAAAUCCUUCCUUUCCACACUGUGAGUAACAUGUAUGAAGGUCAGAUGGAUUUUAUGCGCAUUAACUGGAUCAUAAUAAAAAUAA